AUGAACAUAUGUAAGGAUAACUUAUAUUACUAUUUUAGUAAUUUGGAGCGACUGUUAUACUAUGUCAAACUGUGAAGCUUGUUAUUAUUAUUUAUCAUGUGACACGUGCUCACCAAGAUAUUAUAGUAAUCAUAAAAUCUAUUUUUCUGCCAGGCUAUUAUUCAUACUUAGUAUAAGAAUGCGGGGCUUGUCCAUAGUUUGUACUAGUUCAAGUAAUUGCACAACUUGCUUACCAAAAAUUUAUGGCUCAAGCUGUAAUGCUUGCCCUAGUUAGUGUGCUACUUGCACAUCUAGCGCUGUAUUGA